AUGACUGUGCUCCAGGGCGACAGUGUGGAGAAGACAAAAGCUUCAGUUGUCUGGACAUGCAGUUUGGUCCUUACUCUGUUUGUGGAGGCCUGUCAUGCACAGAAGCUGAAGAUCCAUUGGGGCCCUCAGUCCAUGAUGUAUCUGAAGGGGAAGUAUGGGAAGAGGUUUGUGUUGGAGGAUCACAGUGGCGUCCUGAAGCAGAGUCUACAGAGUUUUUACACACUGCUCAGAGGUAUGCAGGCGCUGCGGUUGCUGAGGUUAAAAAAACGUGAUAACAACAUGAGUUCAGAUAAAGUCCUGGUCCACUGUCUCCAGGAGAGAUGAGUCAGACUGGGAUUGGGUCCAGAAUAACAGACUUCAGCUCACAGCAGUGAACAUGAGCGGUGCUACGUCAGCUGUCCAGCAUGAAAGUUCUAGUUUUCUCAGUGAAAUAUGCUCUAAUUUCUUUUCUGCAUGAGAUGUAUUUGAGUUUGCUGUAUAUAAAACA